AUGACUCUCCUGAAGACUUACAUGGCUUUGCUUGGCUUUGUUGCCUCUGCCUGCGCCAGAGUUCACGAGGGCAGAGCUGCAAUCAAUGCCAAAGUCUCUCCGGAUAUACCAGCAGGGGGCACUGCCAUUGGCCGCCAACUCGCCAAUGUUGAAAGUUUCAAUGCCAUCCCUUAUGCCGAUCCGCCCGUCAGCCCCCUGCGGUUCAAGCCCCCUCGCAAGCUGUCCACGCAGCCAGGCAUCAUUGACGGCACCGUCAUCGCCCCAGCUUGUCCUCAGAUGCCCAUUUCAUCCGACAUUGAGGACGUCACAAGCAAGCUUCCUGCCGAAUUUCGCAAACUGCCUUUUUACAGUCCGUAA